AUGGAGAACAUUCCAGAAUCUUCGUCGAAAGGGACGAAGCGCCGGCGAGAGGAAAAUUCCGAUGUCGGAAAUACCUCCUCACUAGAGGACGAUCUUACAUUCACCGAUACGUUGGUAGCGCUUCGAAUCAUGCGAGCUCAGUUUCCCCACAUUCAAAAGGGUUCAGUUGAGCCUUUUAUGUUGAAGUCACAAUUGUACAGCAGUGUGAAGGAUAGAACGCAAGUGGAUAGGGAACUAGAGUCUCUCAGGAGGGACAAAGUUCUGCGUCUCUUCAAAUUAAAUACUGGACAAGAUGACCAUGCCGUAAUGUUUUUGGAUGACUACCUAAACCAGAUAGAUCGUGUUGUGAAAAGAAUGGAAGGAAAGAAAGUAGAGGAAUGUGAAGUUUUUGGGUGGUUGAAGACUCAUGUUCUAGAUUCGAAGCUAGAAACAGGCAUUGAACAUCAGGAGCUUUGCUCACUCUUGUCACUUGGGGGAAAGGUGAAGGACAGUCACAUCUCCCUUCUAAUUAAUGCUGGUGUCCUUACUAGGCAACUUAUUGAUCCAAACAUGUAUUGGUUUGCAAUUCCAAACAUUGGCUCACUUCUUAAGGGUCUUGUUCAGGGAAGAAAGGAAAUUAUCUCUCUUCUCAGCCGUCGUAGAUAUAAGGAGAUGAUGUUGGCCUCUUUGGAAAAGAAGCGUCUUCGAAUGUCUCCAUUUGAUGUUAGAUUUCAUCUUCGUGAUUUGAUUGGUUCUGGUCAUCUAAGAACUGACCAGACUCCAACUGGUUUAAUCAUUAGAGUCCCAAAAGAUUAG